AUGGACGACGCUUAUUCAAAUCGACCAACUUCUCCAAAAGAUAAGAAAACGACUAUAGAAUCGAUGAGACAUGAGAACAUGAAUUACAUAGAGUACAUAUUCAUUCAUAUUCAAGUUCAUCCGAUGUAGUCGUCGAAUAUUACAAAAAUUAGUAACUUAUACAAUUGAUUUUAGAACUGCUUCUGGUUUGGAUCGUUACUUUUUGGAGAUCGAGGAUUGGCUGGAUGAAGAGAAAUCAUUGCAUUAAAACACUCCCUUGGUAUUGGAAGCAGAUGAUGGAAUUGGAAAGAAAACUCUGUUAGUCAAAUGGAUGGAAUAUCAUGCCAAAAACAAAAAAGGAGUAACAAUACACCUAAUCAUAGCGUUAUUAAGAUUAUAUCAUCCCUCAUUUCGCUACCCAAUCAGGCAAGAACAGCAAUUACUUUUUUGCGAUCUACCGAAUACUAAUUAAAUUAAGAGAGACCCUCAACAUCAAAUAGAAAGUCGAAUUGGUGGAAGAGAAACUCCGUAGAUACUUCCAUUAUUGGUUGGAAAUAUGCAGUCGAGAAUUGGAAUAGCAAUUCUUAAAUGGAGCCAAAGUCAUUUAUGAUAAAGUAUGUUUGUAUGUCUAAAUCACUCUAGGUCAUAUUGAUAUUCGAAGGAAUAGAUAAUUUCAGAGACAUGCUAGAUGUUCAUAGAGAAGCCAACGUCUCCUUCUGGUUGCCUAAAUACUUCCCAAAAAACAUUAAAGUUAUUGUAACUGCUGAAAAAAAUUCUAAUUCUAUGCGAAUACUCAAACCUUCCUGUCAUGUGAUUCCCAUAACUUGUGAUCCCAAAGUAAUCAAAAUCAUGGUCAAUGGCCAUUUUGGAAAGCAAUCAUUUCUUGUAUUCUUUAAACUUAUUCCCUUAGUCCGAUUAAAGAGUGUAAACUAUCCAAGAGUUAUUUAUCCAAUUGCAUUACAAAGUCAGAAAUUAACCACUCUUUGUAAGGAGUUUCAUGACAGUAUUUUUACCUUAUCCAACAGAUGGCCUAGUAGAAUUAAAGGAUAUCGAUAUUGAUGUUGUUGAAAACAUCUUGAAAGAAUUAAAUUUACAGCAGAUCAAACAUUUCAGAACUGUUGAAGAAUUAUUCACAUUCCAAUUAAAAUUCUUUAGUGAGAGCUUUAUUUUUACUCCCAAAACUCCAGAAUUGAAAUAAGAUCCAAAAUUCAUUCAACUUAUCACUGUUCUUGCAAUUACAUAAAAAGGGUUGACUUUUAAAGAAAUCUAAUCAGUUUGUGAAUUUGAAGAUAAACAAUGGAAGUUAUUCCUACUUUUCUUUAAGAUAUUCCUAAUGAAACAUAGAGAAUUAUGGAUUAUUCAUAAUGAAAUUUUCAAAAAAUGCGUUAUCAAUUGUUAUCACAAUGAAAAAACAUUAUAAUUGCAUGAUAAAAUUGCAGAAACAAUCAAUAAAUACACCAACAAUUCAAUUAGAAAAUUAGAAGAAGAAACAUUCCAUUUAUUUUCAGCCAAAAAUUAUUUUAGAUUAAAAGAAGUCAUCAGCAUUAUUGAGAACUUCUUAUUAUUAUUCAACCCUAAUAAUAAAUAUGAUCUCUGUAGAUAUUGGCAAAAAUUAGAAGAAAAUGGGUUCGAUCCUGUCUUAGAAUAUAACAAGGCAGUAGAAGGUUUCCAAAUCCAUUAUCAUCCAAGUGCAGAGGAUCUCUUUAGAAUCAUUAUUUAAGUCUCGAGAUUUCUCAAAGAAUUUGGAGACUUUGAAACCAAAAACACUCCUGUUUUUAGACACCCUCCCAUUAUUGGAGUCUUAUAAGAUUUAUAUGACAUAGGAUUGCUAUAAGAAAUCUUGAAAUUAGAUUUAUACUUUAACAAAGAUCCAGAAUUAAAGUAAUUUGAUCCUGCAAAACAUUUAAAAAGAGUGGCCAAGGCAAUCAAAACACCUGCUCUAACUAAAAUGGAGUCUCAAAAUGUAGAAAUACAAUAAAAUAGAUAUGAAGUCAGAAAUCACUAUUUAAAAUAAAUGAUAAAAUCUAGUGAAACAGAACCUGAUGAAUAGGAAACUAUUUAGACUUUAGACAUUGAUGAAUACAAAUAUUUAAUGUAAAAGAUACUGUAAAAGUUGUUAACAGAAAAAAGAGAAUUGUUGUCUGGUGAGGAAGAGAUCACUGGAGAUAGAGUGUCAUCAGACUACUAUUAUAAGAGAUGGAUUUGGAUCCAAUUCCCUUGGGCAUGUUUGAGUAUUAGUAAAAAAUGUGAUUAUUCCAAAACUAUCAAGCACUGUUUCUCUUCUGCCACCGAUUACAUGAGUGUUGAAGAAGAACAUGCUUAUACAAACUGUAAAAUACAGAUAAUAAUAUUUAGCUGCUUUAAAAAUUGCCAUUGAAGCUAAGUUGAAGAAGAAAUUGAUGUAUGAAACUGAACCAGAAGAACAAUAAUAGUCCAUCAUCUUGAUUCCUUAAGCCAGUGUUUUGAAUCAGCCUUAGCCAGUCAAACUAGAAUACACCUUUGACAAUUCUUAAGCCAGCAGGUUUGAUAGAAGCAAAGCUAUUCUCCCAAGAAUUGAUAGUAUCAAUGCUUCGUCUCUAAAUAUGUCCUAAGAAAAAUAUGAACGAACUAUGUUUAUCACAUAGGAUUUCACAGAUUUAGAUACUCUCAAUUAAGAAUCCAAAGGGAUUAAAAUCACUAUAGAAAAUAGACCAAAUGAUGGAUAGAAUACUGUAAAAUUGUUGGAUAAAUUUAAAUCUCAAAAAGGUAGAUUAAAGUCAUUUUAAUCAUCUUCGCUAUCUUUGAAUGCAUAUUAAUAAACUGAAAUCUUCCCAAUCCUUAAGACAGAUAUCCAAAAACAUUCUCAAAAGCAGUUGCAUUUGUUAGAAUAAUAAGCAAAGCAAAUGAGAAAGAAAUUAGAUACUUUGACUUAUGAGAAUUUAAAAUUGGCAAAGAUACUUAAAUAAUAAAAAAUCAUCGAUUUUAAUAAGGGUUACAUAAAGAAGGAGUUAUCUAAUUUAGAAGAGUUGAAGGAAACUAAAAUUGAACUCGAAAAAUAAUUAUAAGAGGCUGAAUAAUCUUAUAAAACAAGCAGUAUCUAAAAAGUAAGAGUUAUCACCAUCUUAAAAAUAUGUAAGGAUAAUAAACAAUAGAAUGAAGAAUAUAUUAGAGUAAUUAUAUUAUAAUAUUACUUAAGCACUUGUAAUAGUUGAUUAAUAAUUUUAAGAAACUUAUAAGAUUUGAAGAAGUAGAGAUCUAAAAAAAUAAAUAACAGAUCAAAAUACUUUAUAGAACAAUAGAUGACUUUUUGAUUACCUAUAAUCAGAAGAAGAAGCAUCAAGGAAAUUUAAUCAAUUAAAUAAGGAAUUCCUUAUUAGAGAAGACAAACCUAGAUCAUCUUUUCUAAGCAGGUAUUUGCACUCUUUUAUCUAUUAGCCGAUGCUUACAUUUAGGAUUCAGCUUUAGAGUCAGUUCAAAACUUAAGAAGAAAUUAGGCAAAACAAAACGAUCUAUAAUAAAAUAAGAAAUUGAAAUAGUAGUAAGAGAAAAAUACUAAGACUAUUCAUGAGAAACUCGAACAAUUUGAGAAAAAGUAUGCUUAAAUUAAAGGGAUAUUCGAUAUCAAAGAAUAAAAUUAUAGUCAUUCUACUAAUUUCAUUGAUUUCAUGGCAAAUAUUGAAAAAAAAAGUGAAUUAGAAAUCUAGUUAUCAGAGUAAUAAUAGAAUUUGGAAGCUGCUAGACAAAAGAAAGUUAAAUUAGAAGAAGAAUUAUUAACAUUUUAAAAUGCAUAUUAAAUGAACAAAUCUUAGAGUUUGUCUAAUAUAGAAGUCACUGAAAAUUGUAAUCUUAUUAUUAAUAUCAUCAGAAAAUGUCGAAUAACAAGAGAAUAACAUCUAAGUUUAGGCAGAUUAUCUAAGAAAACUGAGAGACUUCAAAGUUAAAUGCCAUUCCUCUUAUGACUCCUUGUAUACUAAAUUUUCUAGUAAAGGCGACCAAUAAGUAUAAUUAAAUAAUAUCAAGUUACUAAAUGCCUUAAAAGUAAGAAAACAGAAAAUAAUUGAAAGCGAAGGACCUGAGUCUUAUACAAAAAUAUUGGGUAACUCCUAUGAUAUGGAUAAAAUAUAUAAGAAACUUGUUCCUUAUGAAAAUGUGUUAAACUUAAGCUAGAGUUCUGAAUCAGAUCAUGAAAUGUGAUGAUGAAUUAUUUUAAUCCAAAAUAUAUUAAAAAUUAUAGAAUGC